ACAACAAUUGGAAAUAAAAUAAGACUAAGAAUAUAUGCUUUUUUUAGGAUUUAAGGCCUCCAAAAAGGGGUUUGGAGAUAUGUUUCAAUUUUUUAAGAACAAAAAACUAAGACGAUCAAAGCCUCAAGAACAGUAGAAAACCAAAGACUUUGGCAAAGCUCAAAACCAUGGCUAAAAGUUUAAAAGAUUCCUCCACCAAAUCCCAUUCAUGGAUUCCAACCACCACUGCAUAUUUUUUCACAAUACAAAAGAAUGAUGAGUUAACUAACAACCCAGACUGAGGAAGAGACAGUGCCCGACUUUUUCAUUUCGACUUUAAAAUACCUAAACCAAACAUCAAAUCCUCCAAAAGAACAGCACAAAUAGCUUAGAAAAUACCCCACCGUUGUCUGUUUAUGGAGGUUGUAAGUGACCCCUUGCCUUAUUUUAAUGCAAACAAUAUUGGCUCUAUCCUAAUCUUUUAGUCAAUGAGCCUCCACCCAAAACCCAGCAACCCCUUGAACUCCAUUUUUCUCCCUCCCUCCCCUCAUCAAAAGGAUAUCUUCUCUUUCCCUCUCUGUCUGAAAUACUUUUCACCAAGAAAAAUGACCAUUGAAGAACCAGGUGCAAACCACCCUUCAGAUCAUAUAUUGGAUUGGUUAGCGGAUUCAGUUCCUUUCUUUUCUUCCCCGUUCCCGGAUGAUUCCUACAACUCUAGCUCUAUAAACUGCUAUCAAUGGUGGGAUGAGAACCAAGACAUAGGCCAAGAUCUGAUUAAUGGCUGUCUAAGCAGUUCCCCCACCACUGUCAGUACUAAACCACCUAACACUUCCACUUCCCAUCACUUGACGCCAUCUGAUUUGACUAAGAAAAGAAAAGCUCCGGAUGAUACAGUUCAUAAACCAUCGCAAACCCAACAGAAUCAGAGGAAGAACCAGAACAAUCAGAGCAAAAAUGGUGCAGAUAAAGGCAGUGGAGCUGUUGAAGGUGUGACUGUGAUAAAGAAAUCAGUGGGGAACAAAAGGAAUUCAUCAAAAGCCACAGGGAAUAACAAUCAUAAUGGAAGUAACAAGGAAGGAAGGUGGGCAGAGCAAUUGCUAAAUCCUUGUGCUAAUGCUAUCAUAAAAGGGGAUGCAACAAGAGUACAUCACCUUCUUUGUGUUCUUCAAGAGCUCGCCUCGCCCACCGGCGAUGCUAACCACCGGCUCGCCGCCUAUGGUCUCCGAGCUUUGGCCCAUUACCUGUCCUCCAAUUCUUCAUGCUAUUCUUCUUCUUCCACAGUUGCGCCGGUUACUUUUGCUUCGACGGACCUUCGAUUCUUUCAGAGGUCGUUGAUUAAAUUCCACGAGGUGAGUCCAUGGUUUGCUUUUCCGAAUAACAUCGCAAAUUCUUCGAUUCUCCACAUUCUCUCUGAAGAACCUAAUCGCUCGCGCAAUCUUCACAUUCUUGAUAUCGGGGUUUCUCAUGGUGUGCAAUGGCCGACGCUGCUCGAGGCCUUAACUCGCCGCUCCGGUGGACCCCCGCCGCUAAUUCGCCUCACAGUCAUCGCUCCAACCGUCGAACAUGAUCAAAAUGCAGAGACGCCGUUUUCGAUUGGUCCACCGGGAGACAACAUCUCCUCUCGGCUUCUUAGCUUCGCGAAAUCAUUAAACAUCAAUUUACAGAUCAACCGCCUCGACAAUCGCUCGCUACAGAGUUUCAAUUCGCAAGUAAUCGGCAAGUUACCGGACGAAAUCUUAAUCGUUUGCGCACAGUUCAGACUCCACCAAUUGAAACACUACGCUCCAGACGAAAGAUUCGAGUUCUUACAAAACCUAAGAAAGAUAGAACCGAAAGCUGUGAUUCUAAGCGAAAACAACAUGGCAUGUAGCUGUAACAACUGUGGAAAUUUCGACACCGGAUUCACAAGAAAAGUUGAAUACCUAUGGAGAUUCCUGGAUUCAACAAGCUCCGCAUUCAAAGGUCGAGAAAGCGAGGAAAGAAAGGUGAUGGAAGGCGAAGCCGCAAGGGGGCUGACGAACCAAGGCGAAAUGAACGAGGAAAUGGAAAAAUGGUGCGAAAGAAUGAGAAAUGCUGGAUUUGCAAGAAAGUUGUUCGGUGAAGACACCAUUGAUACGGCUCGAGCUUCAAUGAGAAGGUAUGAUAACAACUGGGAGAUGAGAGUUGAAGAGAAAGAUGGAUGCGUAGGGCUAUGGUGGAAAGGGCAACCUGUUUCGUUUUGUUCAUUUUGGAAGUUGGGGAUGAAAUCCAAUGGCGGUUGAAACUGUUCAAAGCUUUUCCUUCUUUUGUUUUGCGCAGUAAUUUCCAAUGCAGAGUUCUUGAAGCACUUGAUUUCUGGCAA